AUGGCGCCCGUCAGAAAUGUCCUCCUGCUCAUGCUCUCGGCGGCCAUGGCGGCCCCAAUAUCCCCGUCGCCGGUGGAUGAGGAGAAGGCCAGAAUCCACGACAUGACCGAGGCUGAGAAGGCUGCGAUUAUACUGACGCGUCAAUCCCAGCCAUCCCUGGUGGACGUCGCCCACAACCGGCAUAAGAGCGAGCCCAUGCAGAAGGCCUCUCCCCCAACCAUCAUCGUCAACUCUGGAGAUGUCGCCUCCGCCGCUGAAGCAGACGCCCUGCACCCUCCACAGAAACCCCACGAAGGACUCAGCGGCUCGUCCCUGCUUGGCGCCCUAGCGGGGCAGGCAGAACACGGCCCCCUGGGCAACUCAGUGGAUGACAAGGCCAGCAGGCUCGCAGACGAGUACAUCGAGAAAGUAAAGGGCGAUCUGCAUGCGCGGCAGCUUUUACCAGGCGACAUCAUAGGCAAAGUGCCGGGAGUCGUGUCGGACGUCGCAAACGCUUACAUCGACGGCAUUAAGAGCAAACUGCAGUCCCGGGAUGAGAUGCAGACACCGGGAGAGGAGCAUCACUCUGGCAAUGCUGCCAAGGACCAUGACUCUAAGGGCCAUGACUCCAAGGAUCAUGACUCGAAGGACCACGACCACGACCACGAUACGCAGAGUCACGACCCCCACAGCCCAACAACAGGCCUGAAGCCCGCCCAAGCAAUCGACGCCGUGCACCUGGCGACCGACAUCGAGGACUGGGUGCGCGGCGGACUCACAGGCGCACACGAACUGGAGCGCCGACAGGGUCUUUCCGGAUCAGAUCUGCCAGGGAUCCUGAUGGGCAUUGCGGCCGAUCCGAAAAAAAAGCUGGGAGACCUCACCAAGGGCAUCAAUUUUGGCGGUAAACGAGUCGAUUUAUUGCCGCAUUAA